ACAAAAGCCUUGUCGUUCUCCAUUUGUAGAUGUUUGUGAGGCUUGAUGAAUUCGAACUGUCUAACGACGUACAAUUAUGACUCAAUUUUUACCCCCAAAUUUGCUUGCAUUGUUUGCAGCGAGAGAUCCAAUUCCAUUCUUACCUCCCGUUGAUAAACUUCCCCACGAAAAACAAACCACCGGUUACACUGGUGUAGCAGCGUUUGUUAAUCAGUUUGAGGAUCCAAAAGAUACGCCCCCUCCUGUUCGUAUUGAAACCCGGGAAGAAAGAAGAGAGGCAAAGCGAAAAGCCAAGGCAGAACAGGUUGCGUACAAGUUGGAACAAGAUAUUGCAUUAUGGAAUCCUUCUUCUAAUCCAUCUGCAACUACAGACCCUUACAAAACACUGUUUGUUGCAAGAAUUAAUUAUGAUACAUCUGAAUCUAAGCUACGGCGAGAAUUUGAAAUGUAUGGGCCAAUUCGGAAGAUUCAUAUUGUCCAUGAGAGGCAAACUGGCAAACCAAGAGGGUAUGCUUUCAUUGAAUAUGAACAUGUGAGGGAUAUGCAUUCUGCUUUUAAGCAUGCAGACGGAAGAAAAAUUGAUGGUAGAAGAGUUCUUGUUGAUGUGGAAAAGGGGAGAUCAAUAAAGGGAUGGUUACCACGACGAUUAGGUGGCGGACUUGGUGGAACUCGAAGAGGUGGACCGGAUGUCAAUUUGAAGCAUUCUGGGCGAGAAGAAUCGAGGCUAGAAGAUCGCUACAUCGACAGAGAUCGUGAACGUGCUCCUGAUCGUGAACGACCCAGAAGUCGUGACAGAAGACGUCGUAGCAGAAGCAGGAGCCGUGAUCGUCAUCGUAGCGACCGUCACAAGCGAGACAGGUCACGGGAUCGUGAGCGGAAUAGAGAUAGGGAUGCUAGCACUGCAAGUGCAAAGCCUGAAGUGGAUGGUGACGUGACUGAGACCAAGCCAGAUACUGAGACUUCAUCUCGAAAAGAUAGGGACAGGCGUAGAAGCCGUAGCAGAGACAGAGAUCGUAAACGCCGCCGCAGUCGCAGCAGAGAUCGCAAGAGGCGUGACUAUGACAGGAGGGAUCGGGACAGUCGCCGAGAGCGUAAUGCAGAAGCUGAAGAAAAACCCAAGGAAGUCACCGUUAAACAAGAACCGAAUCCAGACUCCUUUAAUAAUACAGGAUAUGAAGGGGAAUUUAAUAAUAAUAAUUAUUCAAAUAAUAAUAGUAUGGAACCUACUUCUUAUGAAGCUUAUUAGUUUAAUACUAUUCACGUUUAAAUGUCAUCUUCCUUUUUUUCUCCCUUUCAUUUGUGUUUAAAUUUCCCUUCAUGUUGGUUUUUAAUUUUUAAAAUAAAAUUAUGUGUAAGUAUUUCAAAGAUUCAUUUUUAUUAUAUUCAGUUACAAAGUGUUUUUCUUAUUUCAAAACUAUCCUUCAUCAUUCAAUAAAAUGUUUAUUUC